UGACCUUAUUAUUUAUUGAUUUUAUUUUACUUUAUUAUUUCUUUGAUCACCAAUUGCCACAGCAACACACUGUUUAUGUAUGUAGUACUUAUUUUAAGGUAAUAAAUAAACACAAUUCUCUAGGGAUUUAUUUAUUUUUAAUUCUUAUUACUCUCUUACAUCUCAUUACAUUAUGUAUGUGUGUGGAGAUUAGAUAAAGGACUAUUUGGAAGAGAAAAUAGGAGGCACUUUUUUACACAGAGAAUUGUGAGAGUCUGGAGCCAACUCCCCAGUAACUUUGUUGAAGCGACACCUUGGGAUCCUUCAAGAAACAGAUUCUAAUAAUAAUAAUACUAACAAUCUUUAGUGUUAUAUAGCGCCUUUCACAGUGGACCACCAUCACAAAGCAGUGUGUGAGCUGUGCAUCAGCUGCAGAGUCACUUACAACAACGUCUCACCUGAAAGACGGAGCACAAGGAGGUGAAGUGACUUGCUCAGGGUCACACAAUGAGUCAGUGGCUGAGCUGGGAUUUCAACCGGGGACCUCCUGGUUACAAGCCUGUUUAUUUAACCACUGGACCACACAGCCUCCUAAAAGGAACAAUAAGCUCCUAACAACCAGGUUUGAGGACAAAAUGACUCCUUGCUGAUCAGUCUUUAAGAGAAUGUUUUAUAAAACACCAAACAUACUUAUUUAACGAAAAGAGAACUAUAGUAACUUUCAUCCAUCAUUCUUGAGAUUAGAGAGAUAGAAUUCUAUAGCACUAUAUUUAAAUAAAUGCAUUUCUUUUUCAGCUGCUACUAAGCAGAAUCCUGUGUGCUGCCAUGGACAGUGUGAAGAUGGAAUCUGUCCAGAUUAAAGAGGAGUUCUCUGAACCUGAACUUGUCCCCUUUAGAGCGGAGGUCGCUGGGCUGGCUUCCCUUCCCAUUAAACAGGAGCUCUGUGAGAUGCAAUGUGACAGCAGUCAGCCAGAGGUAUCUGAGAUUAAAGCUGAGCACAGUGAAUUGGAGAUCUCUCAGACAGAAGAACCCCAUCCUGUGAAACAAGAAGAGGUGCUGGAAAUUAACCAUAUUAAACAGGAGCCCCCUGAAGUAGAGUUUGACCACAUGGAACCAGGGAAGGAAGAAUCCGAGGACUUCAAACCAAACAUCCCUGAGCUGGAGAGAAUCUGCGUGAGAGAGCAAGGCGAUGGAGAGGAAGGCUCUCCCAACAGCACGCAAGGAGGUGGAAAGGAAGACAGACGCUCACAUUCAGAAUGCAGUCUAGCAGGUUCCAGUCCAGCAGCUAAAGCGAGGGCAGACAGUGGAGAAUAUCCUGACUGUGGGAAAGGUUUCACGCAGAUAGGGCAUUUAAACAAAACCCAGCGAACUCACACUGGCGAGAAACCGUAUCACUGCUCUGACUGUGGGAAGAGUUUCAAUCAUUUUAGAAACCUAAAACAACACCAGCGAAUUCACACAGGAGAGAAACCGUAUCACUGCUUUGACUGUGGGAAGAGUUUCAGUCAGUUAAACAGCCUUGUUUUACACGAGCGAACUCACACAGGAGAGAAACCGUAUCACUGUUCUGACUGUGGGAAGAGUUUCAGUCAGUCAAACAGCCUUGUUUUACACCAGCGAACUCACACAGGAGAGAAACCGUAUCACUGCUCGGACUGUGGGAAGAGUUUCAGUCGGUCAGACAGCCUUGUUUCACACCAGCGAACUCACACAGGAGAGAAACCGUAUCACUGUUCUGACUGUGGGAAGAAUUUCAGUCGGUCAGACAGCCUUGUUUCACACCAGCGAACUCACACAGGAGAGAAACCGUAUCGCUGCUCUGACUGUGGGAAGAGUUUCAGACAGUUAGGAAGCCUAAAAGAACACCAGCGAGUUCACACAGGAGAGAAACCGUAUCACUGUUCUGACUGUGGGAAGAGUUUCAGUCAGUUAGGAAGCCUAAAAGGACACCAACGAACUCACACAGGAAAGAAACCGUAUCACUGCUCUGACUGUGUGAAGUGUUUCAGUCAGUUAGGAAGCCUAAAAGGACACCAGCGAACUCACGCAGGAGAGAAACCAUAUCACUGCUCUGACUGUGGGAAGAGUUUCAGUUGGUCAGACAGCCUUGUUCCACACCAGCGAACUCACACAGGAGAGAAACCAUAUCACUGCUCGGACUGUGGGAAGAGUUUCAGUCGGUCAGACCACCUUGUUUCACACCAGCGAACUCACACAGGAGAGAAACCGUAUCACUGUUCUGACUGUGGGAAGAAUUUCAGUCGGUCAGACAGCCUUGUUUCACACCAGCGAACUCACACAGGAGAGAAACCGUAUCACUGUUUUGACUGUGGGAAGAGUUUCAGACAGUCAAACAGCCUUGUUUCACACCAGCGAACUCACACAGGAGAGAAACCGUAUCACUGUUCUGACUGUGGGAAGAGUUUCAGUCAGUUAGGAAGGCUAAAAGGACACCAGCGAACUCACACAGGAGAGAAACCCUACCACUGCUCUGACUGUGAGAAGAGUUUCAGUCGGUCAGACAGCCUUGUUUCACACCAGCGAACUCACACAGGAGCUAAACCGUAUCACUGCUCUUGCUGUGGGAAGAGAUUCAGUCAGUUAGGAAGCCUAAAAAAACACCAGCGAGUUCACACAGGAGAGAAACUGUGUUGCUGCUCUGACUGUAGGAAGAGUUUCCAUCUUAAACAAGCCGUUCAAAAACACCAGCGAAUUCACAGAGGAGAGAAACCUUAAAGACUGUUUUGUGUAUCACUCAUAACCCUUUGUGGUCCAUUUUUUCAGCAUGUAUGUUUUGUGUAUCACUCUUAAGAGCAUGCAUUUGAAAAUGUAAAAAUGCAAAUCCACUCUCUGGCUCUCUGUCAAAGUGGGCGGUGACACUAACACGUCACAAGAGGCUUCUCUGCUGUCAGUUUAACUCAGGCUGUCAAUGCAGUCAGUGCCUGGGAGCGGGAAUAUGCAGAAAGGAAACUAUUCCACACCUCAUCUGAUGGACGAGUUGGGAUAAAUCAAUAACUCAGUGUGGAAAUGAGUUUCAGAGUUUAACAUUUGAACUUCAUUAACUUGAAAAUAAAUAAAUUGAUCAGAAUGAGUAUCCAGACCCCUGAUAUAGCAUCCCAGAGACGAGACUGCAGCGUCCUUACUGGGCAAAAGCCUGGAGGAUGGGUCUUGGAAAUUCAUCACUGUUCAAAAACGUAUGAAAACUGAUAGUGUUGCAUGACUGUAUUAUGACAUGAAUGAGUGAAUAUUGCGUGACGUGUCGCUUUGCAGCGUGCAUUGUCCAUGCUUGUGUUUGUGUUGCUUUUGUAAAGUGCCUCGAGUAAUAGCAGUGCAGCAGGCAUGUGUACGGAUCUUGGGUACAGAAAGUCAUAGCGGUCUCAUCCCUUGCACUUGGUGACAAAUUCCCAAUGAAAAUGUAGCUGAGCUAUGACUAUUAAUCAGGGUUCGUACGCUAGUCUGGAACUCUGGAAAAAGUAUGGAAAAAUGCAAAACUGAUUUCCAGGGCUUGAAAAUGCUUGAAAAACCACGUCUCCGUUAUGAAAGUCUUGAAAAAGUCUGGAAUUUUACUAGCAUCACGGGAGAAUGAAAAUGAUUCUGCGAUUACUUUUAUUAUUAAUAGUAAUUGAUCUCUAAAGCGGGUCAGCAGCUCUAGCAGUAACUGUCUAGACAGUUUACUAGUAGCAGCUAUGUUGCUUGUGACCAAAUCCCAUGAGGAUUGCCCCGUUUAACACCCCUGACAACAUCCUGACAACUCAAAAGCAAUCCUAUCCAGUCAGCGCACUGGUAUAUGUCACAUGACUCUGCCUGCUCCAGUGAAACAAAGGGUAAAAUGGAGUCUACGACAGCCAAGGCUAUGAUUUUUAAACAAAGUUACAGACUGGAAUUGCAAGCUACUGUACUCUGCUCACCGAGAUUCACAUUUUGUUAUCUUGUUGUUACCUUUAUUAAAUCGUUAAUGUUAUUUCCCAACCCAGGAAAAAAAAAAUCGAAUACGAUAGUUAGGGUGUAUUCAAACUGGGUUCAUUUCAAACAUCCUCAGUUCGGUUCGUUUGCUUUGAAGCAGUGUAUCAAUGUGCUAGCUGUUCACACUUGCCUUGUAUACAAACGUACUGAGUUUGUUUGGAAAUUAACUGGGGCUCGUUUUCGUGGUUCACUUCCGUGUUUUCCCAGGACUCAGUUCACUUGUGUUCAUAUUGAAAUAAUCAGGGCAGCAGUGUGGAGUAGUGGUUAUGGCUCUGGACUCUUGACCGGAGGGUCGUGGGUUCAAUCCCCAGUGGGGGACACUGCUGCUGUACCCUUGAGCAAGGUACUUUACCUAGAUUGCUCCAGUAAAAACCCAACUGUAUAAAUGGGUAAUUGUAUGUAAAAAUAAUGUGUAAAAAAUAAAUAAAGAAUUGUAUGUAAAAAUAAUGUGAUAUCUUGUAACAAUUGUAAGUCACCCUGGAUAAGAGUGUCUGCUAAGAAAUAAAUAAAUAAUAAUAAUAAUCAAGUGAACUUGUUUUUUAUUAAUAAAAGACCAUCGGAUGUUUACAUUUUCUGGCAUUGCUUCUUCACACUAUGUAAAUAUUCAAAUACAAUAGUAGUACAGUAGCUACUGUAUAUAUUGUUUAAUGUUUUGCUUUUUUUCAUUUAUAUAAAAUCCUUGUAUAUUGAAAAAAAGGUAUUGUAAUAAUUGUAAUAAUGACAGCAGAUAUAAAGGAAUGUAUUGUUUAGGGAUAUAGCUCCUCGUGUAAAACAUUAGAAUAGAGUGUGUACAGCGAUGAAUAAAUAAAUUGUGUUUUAUUUCAUUUAUGCAAGACAACAGCGAACACGUAAUUCAUACCUGGAAACUAUCUGUCAAACUCUGAGACUGACAUCCUGCUGUAUAG